CAUCCAACUCUCUUGUACACCCAUCCCGAUUACCAUGGACAAAGCUAUUGGCAUUGCUGAACGCGUGACUCAGGAUGCGGCCAACAUCGCAACGGCAUCCGGCGUCCCAGGCGUGGGUGUCGUUCGCUCGAUCACCAACAUCCAAGUUAUUCCGACCCUCAGGCGUGUUGACGACGCAGUGAACAAGAGCCGAGCCGAGCUUCGGCGAGACGUUCUGCCCGUUCAGCGAAAGACCAAGCUUCAAUUAGGCGUCGACGAUAUCGCAAACACUAGCAUAGGAAUGAUGGAGUCCUACAACAAAGGCGGGUUCUUUGCGCAUGUCAAGCUCAUUCCUCGGGCGUCCGCCCUGGAAGGUCGGGCGACGGAUCUAUAUCAUGAAAUCAAGCGUUCGUCGGACAUCCACGCGGCCCAUCUCGAGGGUGCCUUUGUCGAUCCUGCGUUGGAAACCCGAUCGUUGAUGGAAGGUUGGGUCGGAGUGCAUGUCGCCGAUAACGAACAGUACCCGCCAGCGCCUCAGCCUCAGCCUGCACCCGUCGCCCCUGAAGAGCAAGCAUUCCCUCCCACAAGGACACCGGAGGCCAUAUCGUUGCGUGUGCUCUCCACUGCAGACCACACCGUUACUCAUGCAUGACGACCUUCUCCCAUCGGCGCUCAGCGGAUAUCUUGCGACGUAGUCUAGACAGAUGCC